AUUUGAUUAUCACAAACCUUCAACUGGCAGAUUCAGGGACAUAUUACUGUGGGAUUUUAGAGUUUGGAACCACUGAAUUUGGACAAGGUGUUUUCCUUUAUAUCAGGAUAAAUGACAUGCAAUUUAACCACCUUCAGCCAGUACCGAAGCCCCUUCAAAUUGUGGACUCUGUAAAUCUGAGUUGUAAUGUGUAUGCUGAGCAAUGUACUGGAGGGCAGAGCCUGUGCUUGUUCCGAGAGGGUGCGUCUCGGCCAGCACUUAUGUGUUCUAGAGAUGGAGAUUUUAUGAGAACCUCAGAUGAAAAGCUUCUCUGGAAAAACUCCACACCUAACCUUGAAUUGACGUCUGAGAAAUCCUCCAACAUUGGGACCUACUACUUUGUGCUGACCUGCUGUCAGACGGCUGACGUAGGAGAAAGAACGGGGGUUAAGGUUACUGUGUACUUUCUGAGUACGGCACUGGCAGUUUCCAUUGUUGGGCUUCUUGUUCUGUGUUUCCUCUGGUACAAGCUACGAUUAAAGCUGCGCUCCUCCUUACGUGCUUCUCAUGUGACAAGUUCUGCAGCCUCGAACUCAAUGGAGAGAGUAAAUGAAGACAGUCUCCAAUAUGCUGGCUUGAGUUUCAAAAGGAACAAUGAACAACACAACAAAGAGGAAAACCUGCGAAGCUUCUGUGUGUACUCAAGUGUAAAGAGCAAACAAAGUGACAGACCAUAGGUCCAUGGUGGCAUGGUUAUC